AUGUCUAUCCCACUGCGCGGGAUGCGAGCCCAUAUGGAAACGUGUCGGGGUGAAACAAGGCCUGCAGAAACAUCCGACGAUGAUCUGCCGCUAGCAUUUCACGAGAGGAAGAACGAGUUAACCCCAGCAGAACUGCCAGAUCAGCCUCCUGGUGGCACUGAGCAGAAUUCACUGGAACUGCCAGAACAGCCUCCUCUUGGUACUGAACAGGCUUCAAUAAGUCUUGGCGAAGCAGCUGCCAAUAAAGAGGAACCUGUCCCGCACGAGGAGCAUAUGAGAAAUGCAUCAGAGGAAACAUUAAAAGCUAUGGCUACUUGUAACGAGCCUGUUACAGUCUUAGGGGAGUUCAGGCGAAGGUUACAGCGAGGGCGAAUGCUUGACCUUCAAAACGACUCUGAACUGUGUGAGGGAAAGACCACGGAGAUAUUUGUCUCUCGUUACCGGUUUGGGAUAGCUGGGAAGCCUCUAUUAUGGUUGCAAUCUUAUUUAUCGAAUCGCACGCAAUAUGUCUCCGUUGAUGGUGGUACUCCGCCUCUUCGAUGA